AUGGCCGACAAAAGGAAAAAGGACAACGACCCCGCCUUCUUCAAGGGCGAGUUCUCCUUCGUCAACAAGGACGCCAACAACAUCGAGUCCAAAGAUCACAACGCGGCCGUUAGCUGGCAUGUUAUGAAUCGUUACGAGCGAUGGAAGAAGCAAGAGCAAGCAAGGAAGCUGCGGGCUUCUGCCAACGUACCUAUAGGACCAUUGUCGACGUCAGCCCGUAAUAGCCCUUCUGAGAGCCACCGGUCUUCUCAAUCACGUUCAAGAGGAUCCCCGCCGACUUCCACUACACAACCAGCAGCUACGCCAAGCACCUUAUUUGGUCUUGAUCCAUGGACCGUGGACCCAAGCAUGCAACCCACUUUCUCUGCCUCUGAUAUGCCUUCCCUCCCAGCUACUGGCAGCUUCUUGCCGUCAGCAGUAUCCUCGCCCUCGACACAUUCCAGCUCGCAUGAUGAUCCGUUCGCAAUGCUAAGUUUCAGUCCUUCGGUGGAUAUGCCAACUACGACGGACAAUUUCGAUGUUCAACUACCCACAAAUAACCCUCUCGCCAACAGGCUGGUGAGUUUCGCAUACGAGACCUUGAUCCCUCAAUUAUGGCCAACGGAAGCUGGGAAUGUACCAGGGCACUAUGAAAUUUCUCGAAGCUGGGACGACGCGGCUGCCAUUUCCCAGGACGUCUGCUAUGCGAAUGCAUAUCUGGCACUUCUGGCAGUUGCCUUGGCGCAGAGCUCGGAUGAUUCAACUUUAUCGCAGCACGCGGGCACUUUCAAAAGUCAAGCAAUGACUGAAUUAAGGCAAAGAGUGGCAGCCAGGACUGGCACUCAAGACUUACUCACGCUCAAAGCUAUACUGAAGCUCUUUUGCGCCGAGACCAUCAUUGACAACACGGCUGUUGCACGAGUACACCUCAAAAUGCUCCGGAGCUUGGUCGUGGCCGGCGGCGGAGUCAUCCUACUAGACUCUUGGUUUAGAGAAGACUUGCUAUCUUGCGACUGUUAUUUUGCGCUGAAAUACGGUACUAGACCUGUCCUUCCCGCCGCAGAAUGGACCCCCGGCCCGCUCAGUCAGCCUUGGAAGGCCCGACUAGUGUCUGCAGGCAUCUUCGGAGAUCAUACAGCUGGGCUUGACAAUCUAAUUGAGCAUCCGAUAUUAAAGGCAGUUGCUAUGGACCUGCGCGAGCUGUUCAGGGCGCAGGAAUACAUUCUUACACAUGAGGUACCAACAGAGGACCAGCUACUCCGGUGGAGACAGUUGCGAAAGUUCGACUGCAUUUCAAGGCUGGCAGACCACUAUACGAACUUGACCAUCUAUGCGCACCUGUACGAUUUUCCGCGUACGCAGAUGAUGGUAACACUCACGAUAGCUUUGCUAGGAAACAUGGUGCUUGGAUGUCCUGAGCCGAUCCGAUUUGGAAAGAAGCUGCUUCGGGAACUACGAAACAAGGUUGACGAAGCCACGGUGGAGGUUGAAGAGAGCGACAGCCAACGACUCCGAUACUGGGCCCUGUACAUUGGCUCAUUGGCUGAGCGGGUGUACGGCAAUGGGAACGAGCAUGAAGACUGGUUCGCCAAACAGCUGAAGACAAUGGCAGCAGGGUUGCGACUGGAAAGUUGGGAAGACACGAAGAAGAUGUUACGACAGCUGCUAUUCUCCGUGCGACUCCAUCAGGAGGUCGAAGGUCGUCGUGCUCACAGGACCAACGACUUCACAACAGGCCUCUAUUCGAUCUGCGGCACCAGUUGGCGACAACCACUCCUCCCGCAAUCGCCGACUGACCGCUCCUCAGGGAAAGGAAAAGGAAGAGGCAGCUGA